GACUAUUUCAAAGGAUUUUAGGGUUUAAAUACAUUCACGCUUCACAAACGGUAUAUGCUGUAUACCUCUGUUCUCUCUCCCCCUCCCCGAUUCGUUUUGCCCCUUUCGUUGCCCUAAUUUCAACCAUGCCUCGCCGUAGCUCCGGUGGAAGAUCUGCCCGUCCUGCUCCUCGUGCAGCACCUCGUCCUGCUCCAGUUCACCAUGCUCCUCCUCCAGCCCCUGCUCAGAGCGGUGGCGGAUCUAUGCUUGGUGGCAUUGGUUCAACCAUAGCUCAAGGUAUGGCUUUUGGCACUGGAAGUGCAGUGGCACACAGGGCUGUGGAUGCUGUCAUGGGUCCUCGUACCAUUCAACAUGAAGCAGUAGUCACGGAGGCUGCUGCUGCUGCCCCUGCACCCACUGCAAAUACUUUUGGUGGCGAUGCAUGCAAUGUUCAUACAAAGGCAUUCCAGGAUUGCCUGAACAGCUAUGGCAGUGACCUUAGCAAGUGCCAGUUUUACAUGGAUAUGCUUGCAGAAUGCAGGAAGAACUCUGGAGCCUCGUUGAGUGUGUAACUGCUACAUUUGUCUGUUUGGGAGUUUGCAUCAGUGCCCUGUGUCUCCUAUGGUUAGAACUGUUAAUGUGGCUAGGAAUUGCAUUUUAAUAAAAUACCAUUUGUCCGAUGAUGCAUACAAACUGAUACAAAAUUAGUUUCAAAAUUGUAACUUUAUUAUUUGAUACUUAUAAAUUGGUUACGUAUUUGGUCUGAAUAUCCCGGAUGUGUUAAGAUUAUAUGAGCAUUUUCCUAUUUUUUUGCGUCA